GCCAGCUGUGAAAAAAAUGACAGCUGGCUAGGCUAUGUUGUCGUACGUGCACUUAAAACCUGAAAAAAUAUUUAAAAAUGCCUUUAGUAAUCAUAUGUGGUACUCCAGUCAGUGGUAAAACAACAAGAACGCAAGAACUAAAGGAAUAUUUCGAGAAAACUCAUAAGAAACAUGUGGAAAUUGUGUCCGAAGCCGAGGCUAUAAAAAAGUUAGGUUAUGAUAAAAAUGAAACAUAUUUGGAUGCACAGAAAGAAAAACGUAUGAGAGGGUACCUCAAAUCGGAAGUCAUACGACUUAUAGGCAAGGAUAAUGUCGUUAUAUUAGAUGGGAGUAACUAUAUUAAAGGUUGCAGAUAUGAAUUGUACUGUGCAUCGAAAUCAUCAAAAUCAACGCAAUGCACAGUGUAUACUAUAAAGAACCAUGAUGAGGCAUGGGAAGACAACCAGAAGAGGACGAAAAGAGAUGCAGAUAUAGAACACCACUUGAAUGACAGCUGUAAUUGUGACGAUGAGCCUUAUACUGAAGAAGUAUUUAAUGCAUUAACUAGGCUAAGGUUUGAAGAGCCCAAUAGCAACAACAGAUGGGACAGCCCGCUGUUCACAGUACAACCCACAGACAGUCUCGACCUGGAGGCGAUCUACAAAGUCCUGUUUGAGAAGAAACCUCCUCCACCCAACAUGAGUACACAGAAUCCACCGCUAUCGUCUACAAACUUCCUCUACGAAUUAGAUAAAGCAACUCAAGCAAUAUCAAAACAGAUAUUAGAAGCAAAACAAUUAUCGUUAGACAUUGUCAAGUUCCCUGACUACCCUGGUUGCAUGUUGGAGUCAAGUUUCAUACAAGAUGUAAAUCCACAGAAGCUAUUACGGCUGAGAAGGCAGUUUCUAACGUACGCCAAAAUGAAUCAUUCAAAUGAAGAUGCGAAUAAGAUUGGCAGAUAUUUUAUUCAGUAUUUGAAUAAAACUUUGACGGACUAAUGUUUGUUUUUUAUUAUCUG